UAGUCCAACAAUCUUAAAUCAACAUAGGCCAUGUUGUUUCUAAAAGACUAAAUCCUCACCUAGAAAACCCAGAUGCAGAUCCACCAAACCCAGUUUCAAACUAAUUCUAGAAAUUUCAAACAAAAGCCCCAAAUUCAAAGAUUCAAACUAAUCCCAAAAUUCUGGGCUACAAACCCAAAUCCACCAAUACCCCAACAGUCCAAUACCAUCCUAAACGCAGAUCCACAACAGAGCUUGAUUCGUGGCCAACAACCCCAAAGAAAACCAAAUCCAAUCGGUCCCGACCCACCUGACUCGAAUCUCCUCGUCUCAAGCUCGACCAACAUGGACCCAGCCUCGGAUCGCCGCCUUGUGCAAUGACUAAUCUUAUCUUUUUUUGAGAAAAAUGACUAAUCUUAUCUGAAUGAGAUAAAAUAUUUAGUUUAUACAUUAAAUAAUUUUAUCAGGAGGACUGCUCACUCCUAGGAUUUAAGGUCUGUUCCUAUCUCCUCUGUCCUCUGCUGGGCCUCACAUGAAGUAGAUGAAAAUUUAAGGUUCCUAGGAGCUGAGCGUGUUGAUGCCUGUUUGGUUGUUGGUAUUUAAUAAAGCUUCAUCCUUUUUCUUUUUCUUUUUAAAAAGACACAUAAAAAGCAAUAGAAAUUACAAGUAGUCAACUCAAUAGUCAAAAAGAAGCAAAUUACAACAAAACCAAGUGGAACGAGCUUCUUACGAAGCUUCUAACUUCUCACUGUGACAAGCUUCGCACUGAACUGAAUGAACGCUAAAGCGAAGCGUGUUAUGACAAGAAACUUCAAGCAUUUGUUUUUGGAACAAUUAAACCUCAAUCUUAAUUCUCAUAAACAGCUUUCAUUUUAUAUAUGAUAGAUUUUCUACUUGCAUUAGUACGAGUAUGUCUAUCUAUCUAUUAUGCAAAGUUCUUCUCCUUUUAUUCCUAAUUAAUUAAUUGCUCUUGUUAGUGCAGAAAGUUGUGUUUUGAGAAGCCGAAAUGUUAACAGGCUCCGGCCUUGACCUUGAGUCUCAGCAAACUGUGUUGCUAACGCCCAGAAAUCCGCCAAGAGAGCGUUGGCGCGCAGUUUUUUUGAGGUUGCAUGAGCGAAAUCUCAUACACACAGCUGAUGACAGAGGUUCUCUUGCUUUCCUCAGAUCUCUUUCAUCGCGCACUUCCUACUACAGUACCUUUACCAGCUUCGAUGAUGAUACAAGAGAAGCACAGGAUAUUGUGGAAAUUUUAACUGAAUCACCUCAAAGUGUAAAUUUAAAUGGUGAGAAUGACAACUGUAUCAGAGAUGAAAAAGUACAACUCCAGCAAGCACACAUUGCUGAGUUAGUAAAAAAAAAAAAAUUGGAUUCCAUACACGAGUUUGGAGGCAUCCAAGUAAUUGCAGAGGCUUUGGGUACUAAUUUAGAGACGGGAAUCAUCCCUGCUGAUGUGCGCUCUCGAUGCAUAGCUUGCACACCGUCCACAACACAAACUAGUGCACUAGGCUUCCUUCAAUUUCUCCCAAAAUCAUGCAAUAAUUGCACCAUUUUGCUUCUCUUCAUGUGCGCAGUGCUGUCACUUGGCUUUGGUGUCAAGGCGGAAGGCCUGAGAACUGGUUGGUAUGAAGGGGUCAUCAUAAUUCUUGCCAUCAUCAUACUUGUGGUCAUUGAUUCUCUACGUAAUCAGCGUCAACUUAAACAUUCCCAAAGGAUGUCAGAGAAGCAUAAACCAUUUGAAUUGCAGAGAAUGAUGGUUGAUGUUAUUAGAGGGGGAUGUUCACACAAAGUAAACAUUGGCGAUGUUUUGAUUGGUGACCUAGUACGCCUAGAGAGGGGCUAUAUCGUCCCUGCUGAUGGUUUGUUCAUUGAUGGUGAAUCCUUGAAACUGGAUGAUGAUUUAGAGUCCACCAUUAAUGAGGAGAACCCUUUUUUGUUCUAUGGUGCAAAGGUGAUUGAUGGAAAGGGUCGCAUGCUAGUUGCAUCAGUGGGCAUGAACACUAGAUUGGGUGAUUUGAUGAAGCAGGUUACCCAUGUCCCCGAAAAGACCCCAUUACCAUCGCAAAUUGACAAGGUGAACAAAGGCACACAAAUUUUUGGUCUUUCAAUAUCUAUCCUCAUCCUUGUAGUGUUAUUCCUCCGUUUUAUGCUUCUAAAGGAAGAAAUUAAGUCUAGCCACCAAGACCUCAAGGGGAAACCAAAGGCAAUCAAAGAGAUAAUGGAUUCGAUUGAGAAAGUUGUGAUGAAACCAAAUGGGAAGAUUAGUACCUUAACGACUUCACUUGCUACAUUGCUGGUUGGAGUAAUGGAAGGAAUACCUUUUGUAAUCACGCUUGCCAUCUCUUAUUGGAAUAAGAAGAUGAUGUCUGAAGACUCUGAACAGGCAUUUGCUCGAGAACCUUUUGCUUGCCUCACCAUGAGUUCAGUCACAAGUAUUUGCAUUGAUACAACAGGUUGGUGUAUGCCAACACAAAACCCAGUGCCGGUUGGAUGGGAAAUAAGAGCUUUUCAAAAUGCCGGAUUUAACAUCACUCUGGUUUCAGAAGAUAAUGUGUCAGUGUUGGAAACCAUAGCUCUCAAUUGUGGACUACUUCCCUGCUCAAAUGCAAUGGUGCUUGAAGGUGAAGAAUUUCGGAAAUUCAGCAAUGAAGAGAGGAUGAAUAAAGUUGAUCAAAUCAUCUUGAUAGGAAGCUCAAUCCCAUCUGACCAGCUCACUUUAGUGCAAUGUUUGAAGAAUAAAGGCCAUAUAGUAGCAAUGGUGGGAGUUAAAACAAAUGCGAUUCCAGCACUAAAAGAAGCUGAUGUGGGGAUUACUAUGAGGAUUUGUAGCACUUAUAUGGCCAGAGCAAGUUCUGGCAUCAUUAUCGGUGAUGGAAAUCUCAGUUUCUUGUUCACCAUUUUUAGGUUUGGAAGAUGUACUUUCGAGAAUAUUCAGAAGUAUAUCCAACUGGAGCUCACCAUGAAUAUAGCAGGGCUGUUGAUAACCUCUAUCACAGCAAUGUUUUGCAGAUAUUCUCCAAUUACAUCUAUCCAAUUGCUAUGGGCAAACUUUGUUGUGUCACUUCUUGGUGGCAUUGGAAUAUUGACCGAGCCACCAACAGAGGAACUGAUGGAAAAGCUGCCAUUGAAACAAACUAAACCACUUAUCACCAAGGCCAUGUGGAGAAACAUUGUGUCUCAAGCUCUCUAUCAAGUUACCAUCUCAGUGGCAUUCCAAUUCAAAGGGCAAACUAUCCCGGGCAUUAGCAAUAAGGUUAGUAAAACCAUUAUCUUUAAUAGUUUUGUCCUCUGCCAAGUAUUUAACCAAGUAAAUGCAAGGGAAUUGGAGAAGAAGAAUGUGUUUAAGAGCAUUCAUCGGAACCCAUUGUUUUGGGUUUCUGUGGGUGUCAUUCUCAUACUGCAGGUGGCUUUUAUUGAGAUUGCACAUAUUAUCGUAGGCAAUGCAAGAUUGAAUUGGGUGCAGUGGUUUAGUUGUCUUCUUGCUGGGAUGGUUUCAUGGGCUAGUGAUUGGGUUACAAAGAGCACGGCUGAGUUAUGGAAUUACUUGACUAGACUACUUGGCUCACAUCUAAGAACUAUUAAUAUCCCUCGUAAUUCCACUUCUAGCCUUGAGCUGCCACUCACCCAUCCUUAGCUUAUACUAAUUUCCAUUUUUAGUAUAAGCAAAAUGAACAACAAAGAAUGAGAGCAGAAAUUUGUUUCUUAACUUGGUGAAGUGUUUUGUUACAUAAUUGUCUGUCUGAUUAGAGGAAACCAUUUCAUGUUUUUUAGCAUUAUCUUCCCUAAUUGUACAGAUAGUAUACUUUUGUCUUUUAUAAAAUCUUUUGGCAGUUUUACUAUGUUUUUUGUUUAUUUAUUUUGUUAAAGUAGAACAUAUAGCAAUUCCUUUUGGCAGUUUUACCAUGAGUUUUUUUUUUUUAAAGCAGUAGAAGAUGCAGCAAUUCCAAUAGUUUGUCUAUAUGUCAUGGCUCACAACACACCUCUCCCCUCCCCCUCCUCCUCCCCCACCCCAUAUAUGUUUCCUAUGUUUUGGUUGUUCGACUUGUAUAAAUUUCUAUAUGGCUAGUUUUGUUUUUCUAUCCUCAAACCAAGAAUAAUACGCACAAAUCUAUAAUUUAACUUCCCUUUUAAGCACCAUAAAAAUUGUAAAAAUUCAUUAAAUAAUGAUUAAAACAGUGAAAUAAACCAAGUUAUGAUUUCACACUGACACUAGUCAAUUAAAUGACUAGAACUAAAGACCCACUAAAGAAAUUAGAGACAAUUUUUUUUUUUUUUUGGAGAAGAAAUUUUUAGAGACACAAAUAAAACCUGCAUUUUUGCAACAUUAUAUGUCAAGGGAUUUCAAUAGACAGCUUACAGUUAAAAGGGUGUCAAGUGUCAACCAAACUAAGUGCAUAUUUAUUCUAAUUUAAUUAUAGACAGAACAAAAUAAAUUUUUGAGAUGCCAAUAAUAAGAAAUAAAGAAGAACUUAGAGUCAAGCAAUACCAGCAAAAGGCCAAUGUGUGGAAAACUUUGUGCCAAUUACAAAGCAUUGAACUAAAAUAUCAAACUUGGAGAAUCAAUUAAAUAUCUUGAAUAUAACAGCAAAUGCAAAGCUAAAGCUAUCAAAAUUCAAAAUUUACAUCCCCAACACACACACGCACACGCAAAGUGGAAGUCCCUAUUUUAGAAAACAACAAAUUUAGGAACAUAAAAUUCACAACAUCUGAGAAAGCACGUUGUGAGUAAUGAAAAUAAAAUUGGUGUCUUGUGUGCCCAUAUAAAAGUCAUAUUAGUCUAAUCACAACUUAUUAUGUCAACAAUUACAAGAAAGAUGUUCCUAACAUUACUAGUCUAGUAUAAAGAUAAUUGUUGUCGUCAUCUUUCCUAACAGAUUUGUUAAUUGUUAGGAAAAGCUAGCGGCUGUUAAGACCAUGUUUCAAGUUAUAAAGUCGAUAAUGUUCAUAAUUUCUCAAAAGCGUUUACAUACCGGGACCUAUUGAACCGACAACUUUCGAUGUUAUAUAGUCGCCUUGAAGAAUACUCUGCCUCAACACAAUGUCACGAAAUAUAAUUGUAAAGGUAUAAUUUACAUUUGUAAGGUUAAUAGAUGUAGUCUAAUAACUCUUAACAUUCAACCUAAUUUGAAAGGCCCCUACAGUUAUGUAACCUAAUUUGAAAGGCCCUAGCAUUAAAGUUUGUACUUUUUUAUUUUUAUAAAAAUUAUAGUUUGUACUUGAUUGCCCAUAAUAGUGAUUUAUUUUUAAGAGUUUCAAUAUAUUCUUAAGAUCUAUGAGCAAAAGCAUUGACAUUAUAUAUCUGAAAGUACAUCAAUAUAACAUAAACAAAGAACAUACGAUCUUGCCAAGAUUGACAAAGGAUAAUGUUUAAAUAUUUACUAUAAUGAAAACAAAAUCUAUAUAAUAUGCUUUUAUCUUGUUGACCUUUAAGAAUAUCAUGCAUACUGGUCUAAGUUAAUCAUAUUUUAGCGGAUAUGAUCAUAUACAUAUAUAAUUGAAUCAUUAACCAUGGUAUGAGGCCAAUAAUAUCAAUUCAAGAGGAUUUUAGUCCGAUUGCACUCAUUGCCUUAUCCCAUUUUGACAACUGGUCACAUCUAUACUUUCGAAGUUUUUUUUUUGGGUAAGUACUUCCAUUAUAGUGUUAUUUGUUGACAAUGAUUAGGGCUCUAAUCUGGCCAAACCAAGCCAAACAUUGAGUUAUCAAACCUGACUUGACAAGAUUAACGAGAUAUUCAAACUCUGCCUGAGCUUGAUGCAAGAUUGCUCAUAUAUGUUGAAUAAAAACCUUCUAGUGUAGCUUGCUAAAAUUUAAUCAUAAAGCUUGAACCAUACUCGGCUUGGCUUGCUCUAUCAAUCAAUUCAAAAACUUAAGCUCAAAUCAAGUCAAUACCCAAAAAAAAAAUCAAGCUUUGUCCAUCUAAGUAACACCAUUUCUUGAUUCAACGACAAAGGAAGCAUACAAAUUAAAACAGUUCCAGACCAUCACCAACCACCUGGACACUAACUUACAAACUAAAACCCAAUUCAAAAGUGCAAAUAACCAAAUAACAAUAACGAUAAAUCUUUAUUAAAGUACAAGCACAAGCCUACAUCUCAUACCUCCAUUAAAUCCCCACCAUUCCCAUAUUUCCAACAAUUUGGUUCCCAAAAAAAAAAGAACGAUAACAAAAAAUAAUUACAUGCAU